AGAGGGAGAAAAUGUAACAACCUGUAUAACUGAAUAGGGGUAUUGGGGUAAUUCCAUGAUAAGCCUGGUCAGCUGUAUAAAAGGGAGAAGUCGACGAUGAAAUAAAUCCUUCUGAGUUCUGAUCUGUAUUCUCUGUUUUUCCUCUGCUUUCUCUGAAAUUCCAAUUCUCCAAACACUUCGUCUUCCCUAGCUAGAUAUCUUCGACCCAAGAUCCUUACAGAAAAAGGAAGAGAGCGCGAGACAGAUUGACGAGCGAAAGGGAAACGCGACGAAACGGAAAGAGAGAGGAAUCCAGCAAUCGUUCAUGGAAUGGAAAACGAACAGGGUCAUGGUCAGGAGCAGGAGCAGGAGCAGAAUCAACCAGCAGCAAACCCUCGAGCUCAACCAAGGGCCUGCAACGUGUGUUCCUUUACUGGCGACAAUCUCAGAGCCCUUAAAGCGCACGUCAAUGAUUCGCAUUUCAAGUAUAAGGAGCGCUGCGAUAAUUGCGGGUGGGCUUACAGAUUACGGAAGCAUCUCCAGGAUCACCAAGAGGAGUCCCGUCAUUAGGGUUCAGCCUUUCAAGAGAUCUUGUUGUCUUGGUCAUGUUGCGGCUUUCAAGUUAUCUUGCUGUCUUCUUGGGUCAUGCGUUAAGUUUUCUCCACUGGCUGCCACAGUGAGAGUACUUGAGAUUGAUAGGAUCAUCAUUGCCGGAGGAAAAGGGGUUUUGUCACCAGCUGCUGAAGUAGGUAUAUUUCGCGACGAUAAGGAACUUCUUGGGAGCACCCUUUCUACAUCUCAAGAGGAGUUGCAGAGGAGCAAGCGAAAGUCGAGUCCAAUGAGCUACGGUUCAUCUGUUGGAGAGAAAGUUGAUUCCUGGCUGAGCAAGCGAAAGUUGAGGCGCAUGAGCUGCGGUUCAUCAGUAGAAAGGAACAUCUGGGCAGCUGCUUUCCCCCUUGUGUCAAAAUGCUACUGAUGUUAGGAUGCAACAGAACUACAUAAGUGACCAAUGGUGGGCAUUUCCUGACUUCUAUGAAACUUGGCUGCUAAUUUUCAGAGAAGAAGAAGAUUACCAAACGUGUAAGCAAAGUUUGAUUUUGGUGUUAGGGUGACCUGACUAAAGUGAAGUUGUUCUAGGCCUAGCGAUGAAAAUGUAGAUAUGACAUUUCUGCACUUAUAGAUAGACGAUGGUGAUAUAUGUGUUUGUCAGCUUGAGAUAACCAUCAUCAAUGACACGGUAGAACAUUUGUCGCCUUCUGUCCA